AUGGCACGCCUGACCUUCUUCAAGACUGGACGUACUACUCCCAUCUUUGACGGGAAGAGCUCAUCACCCUCGCCCAUCCGCAAGACCCCCCUCGCAUCCUGUACCACGUUACCUACCAGCACCACCCCCGUCUCCGCGCCGCUCAAAGCACGGGACUUUGCCUUACCGGGUCCUUCACCUGUUCGGCCCCCGCGUCCGCAGUAUGCCCUGUAUGACGAGCCUGAGCUGCGGAGCCGAUCUGCCGGAGAUUUGCUGGCGCCGAUCCGGUUGGAGCGCAAGGUCUCGCAUGUGAGGAGUACAUCAUGCCCCUUGUCUGCUCUCGCUUGCGACGACCGCUCUCCGUCCAGUCGGCCCGUCAGCCCCCCUUCCCCGUCCCCAGCCCCUCAGCGUAUCGACAGCAAGCGGCGUCCCCCAGCUUUGACCUUGCUCGUUAGCAACCUGACGACCGAACCGCCGAGUAGCAAGCGAGACGCCGGGUCGAUGGAGGAGCUGCGGGACACACCUUCUCAGCCGCCGAAAAGCUUGCCCAAACCUACAUCCCGCCAAGCGAACCCGUUCCAAAACAUACCUCUCCCCUGGUCUCUCGUCCCCACAUCUUCCGUAUCUCCCACCUCCCUCCUGCAGUAUCAAGACGCAUCGCCUCCCUCCCCGCGGUUCCUCCCCUCCCAUAUCCUCGCGACGUGCCAAAGCGAGUCGAAACGCCUCACGUCCGAGCUCGACCGCUUGACUCGCAAGUACGCCAAGCUGGUCGAGCAGCGCGAUGAGACGCUUCGCCAGAUCCAGCUGGAACCUGCGGCGGUCGUGCGGAUCGCUCGGACGCUAGAGAAGCAGAUCAGCCGGUGCGACCGGGUGGCGCGGCAGAUGUACGUCUGCAAUGACCAGAUCCGGCAAAUGGAGUGUCAGAUGGCGGAGCAUAGGGUUGGGGUGUGGCGGGUGGGUAGGGAAGGGCGGCAAGGGGAAGAGAAUCGAGAGGGACGGCGGGAUGAGGGAGGGAAGCAAAUCGGGCGAGACUGGGGAAGAACGGGUCCGAACGAGGGAGAAGACAGGGGAGGGAGAAGUCAGACAACUGCAGAACACAUCUCGGCGGAGGCGCUCGACGUUGAGGGGGAGCUAUCGCCAAACGUCAUUCUCAUCCUACCGCCUCGUCAGUACAUGGCCGAAGACGACGUCCCGGACCCAAGCACGCCAGUCGAUCAUCACACAGCCCCGCUUCGCAUCAAGCCCCUUCGAUCAGAUCGGUGUCGGUCCAUGAUAGAGACGAGCAGGGCGCCCCGCGUCAAGCAGGCAGUCAGGGAGAGCAGAUGGGACACUCCUCAGUCUAUUCUGCUCAGCUUGGCGACGGCGGAUCUCUGGGCUCGUACAUAG